CCAUGCCCAACGUGCAGCUGCCACCCAAGGAGAACAACCUCUUCAAACGCAUCUUGAAAUGUUAUGAACAGAAGCAAUACAAAAAUGGCCUCAAAUUUUGCAAGAUGAUUCUUUCAAAUCCGAAAUUUGCUGAACAUGGAGAGACUUUGGCUAUGAAAGGAUUAACGUUGAACUGUUUAGGAAAAAAAGAAGAAGCAUAUGAAUUUGUUCGUAAAGGACUUCGUAACAAUGUGAAGAGUCAUGUCUGUUGGCAUGUAUAUGGACUCUUGCAGCGUUCUGAUAAGAGAUAUGAUGAAGCUAUUAAAUGUUACAGAAAUGCCCUCAAGUUAGAUAAAGAUAAUCUGCAAAUUUUGAGGGAUCUCUCUCUGUUGCAGAUCCAAAUGAGAGACCUUGAAGGUUAUCGAGAGACAAGAUAUCAGCUGCUUCAGUUGCGCCCGACACAACGUGCUUCCUGGAUUGGCUAUGCUAUUGCACACCAUCUACUGAAAGAUUAUGAGAUGGCACUGAAACUGCUGGAAGAAUUUAGACAGACUCAGCAAGUUCCUCCCAGCAAAAUAGACUAUGAAUACAGUGAACUGAUACUGUACCAGAAUCAAGUGAUGAGGGAGGCAGAUCUGUUUCAGGAAUCUUUGGAACAUAUAGAAACAUACGAGAAACAAGUAUGUGAUAAGCUUUUGGUGGAAGAAAUUAAAGGGGAAAUGCUGUUGAAAUUGGGGCGAUUAAAAGAAGCGAGUGAAGUAUUCAAAAACUUGAUUGAUCGGAAUGCAGAAAAUUGGUGUUAUUAUGAAGGCUUGGAAAAAGCUCUGCAACUUAGCACUUUAGAAGAGAGACUUCAAAUUUAUGAAGACAUUAGUAAGCAGCACCCCAGAGCAAUUUCACCUAGAAGAUUACCUUUGAAUCUUGUCCCAGGUGAGAAAUUUAGAGAACUAAUGGAUAAGUUCCUGAGGGUUAACUUCAGUAAAGGCUGCCCGCCCUUGUUUACUACUUUGAAAUCUCUGUAUUACAAUACAGAAAAGGUUUCCAUAAUCCAGGAGCUUGUUACUAAUUAUGAAACCUCUCUUAAAACGUGUGACUUUUUUAGCCCUUAUGAGAACGGGGAGAAGGAACCCCCAACGACACUACUCUGGGUUCAGUACUUCCUGGCACAGCACUUUGAUAAGCUUGGGCAGUAUUCUUUGGCUUUGGAUUAUAUUAAUGCUGCAAUUGCUAGCACUCCAACUCUAAUAGAAUUAUUCUAUAUGAAAGCAAAAAUUUACAAGCAUAUGGGUAAUCUCAGAGAAGCUGUCAAGUGGAUGGAUGAAGCUCAGUCUUUGGAUACGGCUGAUAGAUUCAUCAAUUCCAAAUGUGCAAAGUAUAUGCUUCGGGCAAAUAUGAUAAAGGAAGCAGAGGAAAUGUGCUCCAAGUUCACAAGGGAAGGGACAUCUGCCAUGGAGAACCUAAAUGAGAUGCAGUGCAUGUGGUUUCAGACAGAGUGCAUCUCCGCUUACCAGCGCCUGGGAAGGUACGGGGACGCUUUGAAAAAGUGCCAUGAAGUAGAAAGGCACUUUUCUGAGAUAACUGACGAUCAGUUUGACUUCCAUACUUACUGCAUGAGGAAGAUGACCCUUCGGGCCUACGUUGACCUUCUGAGAUUAGAAGAUAUACUCAGGAGACAUGGAUUUUAUUUCAAGGCUGCUAGAUCAGCUAUUGAAAUAUACUUGAAACUGUAUGAUAAUCCCUUGACCAGUGAAAGCAAACAACAAGAGAGAAAUUCAGAAAACCUGUCAGCCAAAGAAUUGAAGAAAAUGCUUAGCAAGCAGAGAAGAGCUCAGAAAAAGGCUAAAGUAGAAGAGAGAAAGCAUGUGGAAAGGGAACAUCAACCAAAAAAUCAAAAGAAAAAACGGGAUGAAGAAGAAGAAACCAGUGGUCUCAAAGAAGAACUUCUACCUGAAAAAUUAGAAAGGAUAGAAAAUCCAUUAGAAGAAGCUAUCAAGUUUCUUAUACCUCUUAAGAACCUUGUUGCUGAUAACAUUGACACUCAUCUGUUAGCAUUUGAAAUAUAUUUUAGAAAAGGAAAGUUUCUGUUAAUGCUGCAGUCGGUUAAACGAGCUUUUGCUAUCAAUAAGAAUAACCCAUGGCUACAUGAAUGUUUAAUUAAAUUUUCUAAAUCUGUGUCUAAUCACAGUAACCUUCCAGACAUCGUGAGCAAAGUUCUGUCUCAGGAAAUGCAGAAAAUAUUUGUUAACAAGGACUUGGAAAGUUUUAAUGAGGAUUUUCUCAAACAUAAUGCUACCUCUCUUCAGCAUCUGCUUUCAGGUGCUAAAAUGAUGUAUUUUCUGGACAAGUCAAGGCAAGAGAAAGCAAUUGCUAUUGCCACUAGACUGGAUGAAGCUAUAAAAGAUAAAAAUGUAAAGACUUUAAUAAAGGUUUCUGAGGCGCUGCUCGAUGGCAGCUUUGGGAGCUGCCACUCCCAGUAUGAGGAGUACAGGAUGGCCUGUCACAAGCUGCUCCCCUUCACUCCUGCUUUCCUGCCCGCUCUGAGCGAAGCCGGCAGGCACGGCGCGGCUCUGAACCCCACAGCCAACUGUGAUGUCUUGGCAAAUGAAACUUGAAAUCCUCUAGAAAGCUGACUUCUCUUAGACUCAAAGCUCAAUUCAGGUUAAGGUUUCUCUUCCAGCUUGUAUUUUAAUAUAGAUAGGAAAUGAAAUACCAUUGACCCUUGAACAACAUGGGUUUGAAUUGCAAGGAUCCACUUAACGUGUUGAUUUUUUCCGUAGUAAAUACUACCUUCCUCUGUGAUCUGUGGUUGGUUGAAUCUGAUGCAGAACCCAGGUAGGGAGGAACUGUGUGUGCACAGGCGGCAGGCUAUUAGUGUAUGUGUAUUUUUGACUACACGGAGGGUCAGAGCACCUAACUGUUGCUUUGCGCAGAGGUCAGCUGUAAUGGAUAUCAUUUUUUUGAAUGGAGUAUUCUGUAAGCUUAUUUUAUUCUUUAUCUGACUCUGCCACUUUACGUAACAAUCUGUUAAAAUUACCUGUUUGUUCUUGUACAGUUGUCUUAAAUUUUUCACUUAUCAACAUUGUGAUGGUUGCUGUCACUUCAUAUUGUAACGAUGAUAAUUUCUUAAUUAACCUAAGUUGAA